AUGCUAUGCGCAUCUGACCUCAACGCUCUCGUGAGCAACGCCGUCGGCGACGGCGUUCUCAUGGUGCUGUUGCUGGACGCCUCCGGCAACGCCAUCGCGACCGCUUUUGCCGGCUCCGCUGCGCAGAAGGAUAUGAUGUACGCGCCAGUGGUCGCAGCCACGGCAAACAUGUGGCGCGCAUACGCUCGCAGCGACCUAGCAGUGAACAAACUGAACCUGGAACUGGAAACUGAAUCGCUAGAGCAGAUGAUCGUGAUCUUCCCGGACAAGAAGAUCUGCGCCAUGUCUGUGGCGGACACAGCGGUUGUGUCGCUCUUGUCGGUGGACAACUCUGUAACCGAGGGCUUUCUCAAGCUCAAGACGGCUGCUCUCCAGCGUAAGCUGGACCGACUUCUGCGGCCCGUUAUGGCAGUGUAG